GGGAAGAAGUGGUGUGUUGGCAUUCUGGCGAAAAUCAGAUGAAAGUCCAAUAAAACGACACUGCGUGUCCACGUACAGCAGUCAGACGUCUCGUGAUGCAGAAACACCUCUACUAAGCGACGUCUUCUCUCAAUAAACAACGACAGUGCUGAGGAGGGAAAAUGGGGAAGAAGGAUGCCAGUGCGACCGGAUUACCAGUUGAUCAGUACCGAAAGCAGAUUGGGAAACAGGACUACAAAAAGACAAAGUCGGUCUUAAAGGCCACACGGCUGAAAGCUGAAGCAAAGAAGAAUUCCUCUGGAUUCAGGGAUGCGUUCCUUGUCAUUGCAGCAAUCCUCUUCUUUGUUCUCUGCGUCUACGCCUUCUUCUACCUCAACCUGAGCACUGAGAUUAACCUGGAUGUGGAUGUGGAUUAAUAAGAGUUGGACCUUCUUCUUUACACACUUUGUUGUUGACAUAUUGACGGUGAACCUCUUCUUCAGGAGAAAUGCUGCAAUGCAUUAAUCAGUAAAAGUUUCAGGCCAUUUUUGAGAUUUGACAUUACCUUGUGUGUAUUUUCUGUGUGCGGUAUAUGCAAUGAAACUGUACUGACAUAUAAUUACUGACAUAAUUAUACAAUGGUUUUACAUCUAUAAAUGAUUCAUUAUUUCCCUGAAGUACCUUUGAUUCCUGUUCUCUGAAAAAGUCAAUGACCUCUUGCUCCACGGCACUUGAAACAUUCUGCUGCAAAAUCUACAAUCAGCAACGGAAAUGAGCCUCUUUUUUUUUUUUUUUUUACACGAGUCUUCCAAACUACGGUUGAGACCAAGCUUUGUUAAUCUUAUUCUGUGGAGUCACGUCCCUCUGUUUUCUCCUCUAAUAGAAAAAUGUAAAUCUCCCGCUGAACCUCUCGUCACAUCGAGACAAACACUUGCCUCACAUUCCCGUGCACAAACCUCUCCUCCCGGAUAUCUGGAGAUCACAAAGUGUGAGAUUAGAAUCCACAAAGCCCUCGUCCUGAUUGAACAUGUGUGCAGAAUACAGAGCAACACAUUGUACCUGCUGCACAUACACGCAGCACUUAGACAGACACCCGCAGGAUUAGCAUUACAAAUAUGACGCUGUUCUUUCAUUUGAAUGGAAAUUACAUACAUGAACGAUGACUGAAUAAAGGUGGCUCUACACCUUGAUGAUUUUCUUCUUGUCAAAUAUGUAUUGCUGUCCCUUUUUAAAGAUGUGAUGCGUCUCUGUAGAACGGAAUAUGAAGGUUCGUCAAUGCUUCUUUUUCACAAGUCUUUACUCUUUGUGCACCAGGCCGGCAAGACGUACAGACUGACCUUCUAUUAACCAUUUCAGUCCAAGUGCUUCCACUGUUUGAGAUUCUUUAUCACAUGUGCAAAGUCGGGGUCUUUUUUUAUUGAGUCCAUUUGUCUUUGUUGGAAAUUGUACAUUAUUUUUCAUUUUAUUAACACUUUAUAUUCCAUGUUUUUCCCCUAACUAGCAAUAGCAGCACUGUUGUCUAAAAGGCAACUGACGCAUUGUUUUUGAAGUCGUCUAUAAAAGUCCUAUACCAAAUACAUAGGACUUCUUUUGUUUCGAGUCUUAAAAAAACAACAAAAAAAAACAAAACAAGUCUUAUGUCUGUGCCCGA